AUGUGGGAGCUGAAGGUGAUUCAGCCUGAGAAAAUAGUUUCUGUCUCUGCUGGAGAUUCAGCCACUCUGAAUUGCACUAUGACCUCCCUGUUCCCUGUGGGGCCAAUACGGUGGUUCAAAGGUCCAGGACAAGGUCGGCAUCUUAUAUAUAGUUUCCCAGGAGAGCAGUUCCCCAGAGUCACAAAUGUAACCGAUGUCACAAAGAGAAACAACCUGGACUUUUCCAUCCGUAUCAGUAACGUCACCCCUGCUGAUGCUGGCACCUACUACUGUGUGAAGUUCAAGAAGGACACAUCAGAGCUUGGGAAAGAGCUUCAGUCAGGGGGAGGCACCACGUUGUAUGUGCUUGAAUUGAAGACUAAAGAUUAUGCUAAAGUUCUUAUAACUGUGUUCUGUGGACCCAAACUGCUGCUGGUAAUUGUGGUCUUUGCUGUGUACAGGUACAAGAAGCAGAAGGCCUGA